GAAUUAGUUGCACUCAAAAAAUUAACGCAUUUUGAAAUUGGUUGGAUCUUUUCAGCAUUGAGUUUAUCUACUCUUUUGGAAAACUGGGAUGCACCAAUUAUUCAAUUUUCCUAUUUUUGUGAUGAGGAUAUCGAAUUACACAACUCAGUUUUAAAACGAUACGCGGAAAUACAGAAGGAUAAAAGAAAUAUUAAAAAUCAUGAAGUGACGACUUCUUCAUACCAGCGCAAUGAUGUUCGGGCCCGUAGG